AUGGCUGGGGGGUGGAUAUGGUGGAACGGCGGACCUGACGAAACCGGUCGAUACCUGACCCUCCCCGGUGGACCCGAUCAUUAUGAUCGAAGUUGGUUGGAUAUUGUCUUCGACGGGGUACCUAUUCCUGGUACGGAGCCUCAACUCUUCUUCGAAGGCGCGGAUCCCUACGGGUAUCAGCCAGGUCCCGGUUCUUACGGAUACCCGAUCUCUGAUCCCUACGGGUAUCAGCCAGGUUCCAGUUCUUACGGAUACCCGGUCUCUGAUCCUUACGGGUAUCAGCCAGGUUCCAGUUCUUACGGAUACCCGGUCCCUGAUCCCUACGGGUAUCAGCCAGGUCCCGGUUUUUACGGAUACCCGGGCUCUGAUGAAUAUUAUUGGAGAGGGGCUGGUGGUGGGGCUGGGGGUGGGUUCGGGGGUAAUGGUGAUAGUGGGGGGGUAUUAAAACGAGGACUUGGGCCACCGAGGUCAAUGGAGGGUGGUAAAUCGUCUCCUAGAAGGCGUAUGAUCAGGGGGGGUGGAAGGCCUGUCAACCUCCCCUAG